GGCUUCUAUCCUGAUCGCAUGGGUGCAGUUUUCAAACGACUCCAACCUAAAACUAGUUUCACCCUUACUCCUCAAGAUGCAUCAGGUAAUGAAAUCACUGGAACCAAAACCUUCACCUUGGGCGAGCCGAUGUACUUUGAGGCCACGCAACCUGACCGCACUGCACAGUUGGGAGGCCAGAGGAUAUACAUCGACAAGUGCUUUGUGACAGCCUCCCGAGACCCCAAUUCAAAUCCUCGAUAUACAGUCGUUGACAACCAAGGGUGCAUGAUUGAUGGCAAAGAGAACGAACAGUCAAGGUUCCUCGCUGGCGCCUCAGAGAUGGUCCAGAAAUUCAGUCUGGGUGCCUUGAUUUUCAAGAAUGGCGUUUCCGCUUCCUCCUCACAGCAACUCUACAUGCACUGCGAGAUCUCUGUGGGGACACGUACUCCAACUCAGGGCUCAAAGGCUUGCAAUUAUGAUCCAGCGACCAAAACGUGGAAGGAGCUGUACUCUGAUGACUCUGUGUGCACCUGCUGUGACUCGACCUGCUCCUUGGCACAGCCUAAGGCUUCUAGGGGCAUGAUCUCAAGUCACUCUUGGGAGGUCGUCGCAAGCGGCAAGGAUGACUAUGCAGCGGUUGACCCUCGGAUGAAUUCCCUUGACACGUUCAGUUUUGUUGACCCCGACAUGGCAGAGCAUGAAGACUUAAAGCGAUGGGAAAAUGAUUACUGACAGAAUUAUGUAGACAUGAUUUUUAAAUGAGAACUGGAUCACUUGCUAUUAUCAUGACAUAACUCAUUCACUCUGACUGAAGAGAAUAAAAGCAGAAUUUAAAAUCUUAA